AUGAAAAAUAAAGAACUCUCGAAUAAUACCGGAUAUGUAACCGCUGUUAAAAUACUUGACAUUGAAAAACGAUAUAAACCAGGACCUAAACAUUAUGUUUAUGUUAUACAAGUUACCUGGUCAAAUCCUGAAAAUCUAUUUAUUAUCUAUCGACGUUAUGCACAAUUUUUCGAUCUUCAAUGUAAACUACUUGAUUUAUUUGCUGAAACACCAUUAGAAUCAAAUAAUAAUACUCAAAUACGUCGAAUUCCAUAUCUUCCUGGUAAAAUUAUACUUGGUCGAAGUCAAAUACGUCAAAUUGCUUUAGAACGAAAACAAACUCUUAAUGAAUAUUGUCAGAAAUUAAUUUUAUUACCUGAACGUAUUUCUCGAUCUCGUCCAAUAAUUGAAUUUUUUCAUCCAUUAAUAACUGAUGUACAGAAACCUAUUGAAUCGAUUAUGAAUGAAAAUAAAUUACUAAGAAAAAGUUCAGUUGUUAUAAGUGAACCAUCAAAAUUAGCAAAAUAUCGAUGUUUAGAAGAUUUUAAUGCAACAGAUAAACUUGAAAUGUCAUUAAAACAAAAUGAGAUUGUUGAAGUACUUCAAAAACAUGAAAAUGGUUGGUGGUUUGUUCAAAAUAAUGAUCGAACAGGCUUUGUACCAGGAACUUAUUUGGAGCCAUCUGAAUUAGAAUAUGAUAUUCAUGGAAGCGAAACAUCUGACAAAUCACUUAAUAAAACAUAUGUUGUUAAUGAACGAUACGAAGGAAAAAGUUCAGAUGAACUUUCAUUAGAUCAAGGUUCAUUUGUAAUUGUGAUUGAAAAAUCAUUUACUGGAUGGUGGAUAGUUAAAUUUAAUAAUACGACUGGUAAAUUUCCAGCAAUAUAUCUAUCAUCUUGUGAAGGAAUGCAUACUUCAGAAAAUGGUACGAAUGAUGCAUCUAAUGUUACUUCUAAAAUACAAAAAUCGGAUAAUUUCAAUGAUUCUGAUUGGGAUGAUGAUGAAGAAUAUCAUAGAAAAUUAUCGAACGAUACUAAACUCGAGUUAUAUUAUGCUCAUAGUAAUUUUAUUGAUGAUAUCGAAGGCUGUUUAUCAUUUCAACGGGGUGAUCUUAUUGAAAUACAUACUAAACAUUCAAGUGAAUGGUGGUUUGGAAGACGAAUGACCGAUGGCCACGUUUUGACAUGGUUUCCAGCGAAUUAUUUACAAAAAGAACCGAUUUUGGAUACAAUUAUUAAUAAUAUAAAUUAUGAAUCUUUCAAUUCAGAUCAUUCUGAUUCUUCAAUUAAUAAACAACAACAACAAGAAAAAGAAAAACUAUCAACAGAUGUUAUCUAUCAAAAUUUCGAAAGUCAAGGCUCAUCUGAUGUUAUUUAUUCAGAAGUAAUAAAAAAUCAACAAACAAUAGAAACAACAAACACUCAUAAAGAGUCUUCUAUAUCUAUUUCGGUCCCUCCUAUGAAUGACAACCAAGAAUCAACACCAAAAUCAGUAAAAGAUAUCGUAAAAAAAUUUAAUCAACGAUUAGUAUAA